AUGGCGACUACUCGUCGAAAUGGACAGCUCUCCUCAUGUGAGCCAUGCCGCAAAUCCAAACUUAGGUGCGAUCACACAUUGCCGAUUUGUGGCCGUUGCACCCGCCGAGAUCUCCGGGGAGAAUGCAUCUACCAUCCGGCACCUCUGACCCGUCUUGAUGUGCAACGACCGAGCAGAAGACGAGUCCAAAAAGAAAAUGCAAAUCGAGAUCACCAUACUACCUUUCAAUCUGAAAGUCGAAAUUGGAACCAAAAAAUGCACUCGGUUUCAUUCCCCGGGUUUCUUGGGGACACGAGCUAUUCAAAUACUUUGACCGAUGCAGCCAGUGAGUUUCUUCUGGAGGGUCAUUCAACAAAUCAGGAGGAAAAUGUUCCCAUGGACUCAAAGAGAGUCUACUUGGGUGCCCAAGUUCUCAGUCUUCUGGAUGAUCUCCCUUUCUAUCGAGAUGUUGUGAGCGCGCGAUUCAAGCUCUGGGAAGGAUGGUGUCUGGGCUGGCCACUAACUAUCAUGAUCUUCGAUAUUAUGGAAGAGAUGUGGUGUCUAUUACAAAGCGACCCAAUCGAUAAAAAUAUCCAUGCUUUGAAACUAUCGAAGGAAAUGUUCCAAACCCACGCACGUCCAUUCAAAACCCCGGCAAACAUGCCCUGGUCUGAUUUUAAGCAUGCCCUUUCCGGGAGGUGGGAAACGGUCGGGCUGAUGUUUUGCAUCACUGGCCUGUCAACUGAGUGGCUAUCGGAAGAUGAUCCUAUAUUCCAACAGCCCGGAUCUACCGAUCCUCGAAGCCUGGCAACAAUGGCCAGUGCUGUAAGUGAUAUUUGCCUUCAAUUUUGCGACGGUGCAGGAAUCAUCAACGAUAUCGUUUGUUGGUUACUUAUGCAUCAAACUACUCUACUGACUACCGUAUAUGGAGAUAGCGAUCCUCGGCCCUGGAGAAAGCUCGGGGAGCUGACGACCACUGUCUUUGCAUUGGGACUUCACCAAGAGCCCAGCUACCAGCUGCCUCUAUAUCUGGCCGAACUUCGAAAACGUACAAUGGUAGCUACCUUUAGCAUUGACAAGAUCUUGGCCACGUUUUUAGGCAGACCGCCUUUGGUCAGUUGGCGGUACUGUGAAAUCCAAUUUCCCCUUGACCUAAGCUUUGAGGAAAUGCUUUUAGAGCCUUCUUUAGUACAAGAAAAGGUUCUUUGUUUAGAGAAAAAUGGAGGCUGGAAUGACGAGGGAACUAUCAGAAAAGGGGCAUGGGCUAGGGUCAGUUUAUUCAAAAGCAUCCUCCGUGAGAAAGUCUUAGAGCUGUCAUUAAGCUAUCGAGUCGAGGAUAUACGCAGCAAAGCUGAAUAUCUUCUGGAAGAGAACCGAAAACUUCGCAUGUCUCUUCCAAAUUUCCUCCAAUGGAGCUCCGAAGGACAUCUUGAUGUGGCAGCUCCUAUAGUCGAAGAUAGGAUAGUAUUUUCGCUUCAUCUUGAUAUCCUCUACAACGACUUUUUGCUGUAUCGCACUAUACAAAAGUGGACACAUACUCAACCAGGCGCUAUCAUAGAAACGUCUCGAGAAAUGCUAAGUGCUCUUCUCUCUAUGGUGGCGAGGUUGUCUCGGCUAGGUCAUCCAGUCUUUGAUAUGGGAUUCAAUCUCUGCUACUUUGGCUUACCUGCUGCUGGGAUAUUGUCCGCAGAGCUUCUUCGGAGGUCUCGCUCCAUUGUUUCGGAUAGCAAUAUCCAUUUCCCUCGCUCGGAGAUUAUCCAAAGCUUGAGUAUAUUCUCAUCUCAUUUAGGCACCUUUAUUCCGUUCUAUGAAGGAAAUUAUCGCAUCUCUCAGCCAGGCCAAAGGGUGAUUCGUCAUAUUUUGGAUCAGGUUCUCUCCUACAGUGGUCCUGUCGCCACGGGUAUUACCAAAUCCUCUGAACUGCCAGAACAAGAGCUUCCAGUCGGUGAUCUACUGAACGAGGUUGAUGCCGAUGAUCGUGAUUUAUUUCUGGAUUGGAUAGAUGGGACAGUCGAGCAUAAGUCUGACUCCUGGCUGAGAUGGGUCAAUUUCAAUUAA